CUCCGAUUUUUAGGCUUCCGCUCCCCAGACGGUCUGACGUGGCAGAAGCGGCUGCAGUGCCAGCGCGUGUGCCAAUACCGAGUCCGUCAAAGCCCACGAUGCAGCGGCGGCUUCUGCUCCUGCUGUGCGGUGCGGUGCUCCUCACCGGCCUCUCGGCGUACCAAGUGGACCCCGAUAAGCUGAAGGACCUGGCGCGGGGAAAAGUCGAGACCUGUGGAGGAUGACAACUGAACAGGCUCAGAGAGGUGAAGGCCUUCGUCACGCAGGACAUCCCUUUCUAUCAUAACCUGGUCAUGAAGCACAUUCCUGGCGCCGACCCCGAGCUGGUCCUAAUCAGCCACUACUACGAAGAGCUCGAUCGGAUCCCCUUGAGCGACAUGACCCGCACGGAAAUAAACGAGCUGCUUCAGUCACUCGGCUUCUACAAGAAGGAAAGCCCAGAUGCUGCUGUCCCCGAAGAAUUUCGUUUUGCCCCGGCCAAGGACAGCCCCUGGAGAAAACAGGACCCCGAUCUGAACGGCACAACUGGCAGCCGGGAUCCAUCGAGUCCAUCAAACGAGGAAACACCCGAACUCCGAGACAACACUGAGGAUCCGGAAUCACGGACCACUGAAGGGGAUCCUGACCAAAACGCACAACAUGCAGACUUGUAAAGCACAAUGGUGAAGACGCCACCACUCACCCAGUGACGGACUGGUUAAGGGUUGGCUUCUUUAGGACCCUGAAAUGGAUUUCUAGUUAAUUAGAGACCUGAAAUUAGUGCAAUACAAGUAAGCGUGGUGGUGGUGGGUGCGUCUGCUGAUCGAGCGGUUCCUGCCUUGUGCCUGCUGUGGCUUGGGACAUGUUCUAGAAUUCUAAGAUGGAGGACACCCGGGAUACGUAAUUUAAAACACUGUAACAAAAAUGUGACAGGGAUGGCGGCCAUUUUGAGACGACGGUCACGAUUCGCAGCAAAAUAAGUUAUUCUUAAAAAAACAAACUGUGGUUCUGCCAGGCUCUCCGAUAUUUACUUGAAAUGUUUUCACAUUAGACACACUGGAAAAGUGGCAGAACCAAUCAGACCACCGGAGCUCCGCUCCACGGAGGAGGUUGUCACUCGAUAUCUUGGUUAACUACAGUCAAGGUUAGAGUUAUCUGACUCAAAAUCCUGCAAUCUGAUUGGCUGAACUGGUCUGCGGCUGGACUCAUCUCGACAGCACACCCUUUUCAAAUUAUCGUCACAGAGAUGCACGUAUUUGUAAAUAUUGGGGCCACUGGGAGGCACCCCAGAGCCCUGAACACCCAGU